ACUAUCAGUCAGUCGAAAGCAAGCGUUGAAUAAUAAAGAAAAGAAAAAAAAUAAUUAAUUAGUUUUUAUUUUAAGACAAAAAAAAAUAAAAAGAUGGUUAAUACAAAGCAACUUUUACAAGAGUUGGGACAAUACACACCUUUCGAGAACGCCGAAUGGCAAAUCAGAGUGCGGGGCUCAACAGACAGCGACAAAAGACUUAUGACGUUUGUCGAUAAUUUAUGGGGAUUCGAAGUCACUGGAGGUACGGAUCAGUUUGAGCCCCUAACAGUAGUUGCCGUUAAAAGAUCAGGAUUAGCAAGAAGAGCCGGUAUCAGGGUUAACGAUGUGAUAAAUAAAAUUAAUGAUAUCGACGCACACACACUGACGUUACGUGAGUGUCAGGAAAUAAUUCAGCAAUGUGGGCGCCAUCUAAAAAUAUAUGUGGCUGGAGAGGAUGAUGAUGCGAGUGACGAUGAACUGACAGCUGAUUGCUGGUUUAAGCCUUUAAGUGAUGCCGAACGAGCGCUCCUUGACUGGGAAAAUCGCAUGAAAAAGAAUCGUAAUCCCGGUAAAUGGAACGACGUUUUCCCAUGGAACGACCGCAAAAAGAUUGUCUACAAAGAGUCCAAUUGCCCGUUUGUGCCGAGUCCUGCCGAAGCAAAGAUCCAAAAGCAUCGCGAAAUUAAGCUGCAAAUCAAAAGUGAGGAACGUCAAUCUGUCUCGCCGUCUCCGUGCCCGCAAACGCCCGAACCAGGCACGUCGUCGCAAUCGUAGAAAUUGUGACUCACCGUGAUUUCCCUAUUUUUGGCAAACAGAUUUUCAUUCGCGUGAAAAAUACAAGACAAAAAUAGGGGGAAGGAUUUAUCGAAUAAGAAUUUAAUUUUAAUUUUUGGCUAUUUAUUUAUUUAAUUGUGUAAAUAUUUAGGUUAGUCAUCAUCGUCGACGAUACAAAAAAGAAAAGAAAAAUAAAAUGAAUUAACGUUAAUUACAUAUCGAAGGUUUUUUU